CACAUCCAAGAUUUGGCCUGCUGAGCCCACAGAGAGGCACCUGCAGGAUGAAGGCUCUCUCCCUCCUCUUCCUCCCAACCCUGGGGCUGCUGGUGUGGGGCAAGUCGCUGUGUCCCGUGGAUGAAGCCAUCAAUGAGAAGAUCCGGGAUGUCGCCAGUUUCCUAAUUCCUCAGGUAAUUAGGAACAUUGGCCUGGAAUGCCGGAGUGUCACCUCCAGGGGGGACCUGGUCACCUGCCCCUCAGGCUUUGCUGUCACUGGGUGCACGUGUGGCUCCGCCUGUGGCUCUUGGGACGUGCGCGCUGAGACCACCUGCCACUGCCAGUGCGCUGGCAUAGACUGGACCGGCGCUCGCUGCUGUCGCCUGAGGACGCCAUAGCUAGAAGAAUCUAAGUUUGCAUCUGCGCAUCACUGGGCUUGGAGGCGUGGCCAGGCCCCACAGGGGUGGGGUCAUGACUCAGAAGGGGCGGGGCCAGGCCUCUGUGGGGCAGGGCUGGAAAUAAACCUUGAGAAGAGGAUGCA